AAUAGCAGAGCUCAUCACACUGUUGGCACUUGCUUUCCAAUAAAAGCCAUACUUGUCUUCUGCCUCCCUCCCAAGCAGAGCACAUGUUCCAGUAGUACUACAGAGGAGGACCUAGGAGGGGGCUGGGAAGAGUGGGAGGAGGAGGAAGAGGAGGAGUUGUUCUUUAGAUGAAAGAGAGCCCCUUUGCUGGGCUGUAGCCUCUCCAUGCCACCUGGGAUGGGCACCGCUCUACACACACCCCAUGAAUUGUUUAACAGCCACCUGCUUCUGAGCAUUGUUCAACCUGGAGGGAUCCUCAGAACUAGGAGGUAAACAGAGUCCUGUGAAGCCCACUUCUGGUGGUGCAGAAGCCCCGGGAUCCUCUGACCCCAAGCCUCCAGCUUCCUGUAGCUGGCAACCUGCACUUCAAACCUCAUCUAGCUGAUUUUGUGUGGAAGGAGGCUUCCCAUCCAUCGCAGCCAUGAACUUCCUCCGGAGGCGGCUGUCAGACAGCAGCUUUGUGGCCAACCUGCCCAAUGGCUACAUGCCGGACCUGCAGCGCCCAGAGAGCUCCAGUAGCUCCCCAGCAUCCCCAGCCACAGAGAGAAGGCACCCCCAGCCCCUGGCUGCCUCCUUCUCUUCUCCAGGAUCCAGCCUGUUCAGCUCCUUCUCCAGUGCCAUGAAACAGACCCCACAGGCCCCAACAGGGCUAAUGGAACCACCAACUCCUGUCACACCUGUGGUUCAAAGACCCAGGAUCUUGUUGGUCAUCGAUGAUGCCCACACAGACUGGUCGAAAUAUUUUCAUGGGAAGAAAGUGAAUGGCGACAUUGAGAUCCGGGUGGAACAGGCUGAGUUCUCUGAGCUGAACCUGGCUGCUUAUGUCACCGGAGGCUGCAUGGUGGACAUGCAAGUUGUGAGAAAUGGCACCAAAAUUGUGCGGUCCUUCAAACCUGACUUCAUUCUGGUUAGACAGCAUGCCUAUAGCAUGGCCCUGGCUGAGGAUUACCGAAGCCUGGUCAUCGGCCUCCAGUAUGGAGGGCUUCCUGCUGUCAACUCUCUCUACUCCGUAUACAACUUCUGCAGCAAGCCUUGGGUGUUCUCUCAGCUCAUUAAGAUCUUCCAUUCCUUGGGUCCUGAGAAGUUUCCACUAGUGGAGCAAACAUUUUUCCCCAACCACAAGCCAAUGCUCACAGCCCCGAACUUCCCUGUGGUGAUCAAGCUGGGACACGCUCAUGCUGGUAUGGGAAAGAUCAAAGUAGAAAACCAGCACGACUACCAGGACAUCACCAGCGUGGUGGCCAUGGCCAAAACCUAUGCCACCACGGAGGCCUUUAUUGACUCCAAGUAUGACAUCCGCAUACAGAAGAUUGGAUCCAACUACAAGGCAUACAUGAGAACCUCCAUCUCUGGAAACUGGAAGGCCAACACAGGCUCUGCUAUGCUGGAGCAGGUGGCCAUGACGGAAAGGUACAGGCUGUGGGUGGACAGCUGCUCAGAAAUGUUCGGCGGCCUAGACAUCUGUGCUGUCAAGGCCGUCCACAGCAAGAAUGGCAGAGAUUAUAUCAUCGAGGUCAUGGACAGUUCAAUGCCACUGAUUGGAGAACACGUGGAAGAGGACAAGCAGUUAAUGGCUGACCUUGUUGUCUCCAAGAUGAGCCAACUCCUGGUGCCAGGGGCCUCGGUGCCCUCCCCCCUGAGACCUUGGGGUCCACAGACUAAAUCUGCAAAAUCUCCAGGGCAAGGCCAGCUAGGACCUCUGCUCGGACAGCCCCAGCCAAGGCCACCUCCACAAGGGGGCCCUCGUCAGGCUCAGUCUCCUCAGCCUCCCAGAUCUAGAAGUCCAUCCCAGCAGAGGCUCUCCCCACAAGGUCAGCAGCCUGUGAGUCCCCAGUCAGGAUCCCCACAGCAGCAAAGGUCACCAGGUUCUCCACAGCUAUCCCGGGCAUCCGGCGGCAGUUCUCCAAACCAGGCCUCCAAGCCAACUGCCAGCCUCGGUUCACAUACCCGGCCUCCUGUGCAGGGACGAAGCACCUCCCAGCAGGGUGAAGAACCCCAAAAGACAGCAUCGCCUCAUCCCCACCUCAAGUAAGUAUUUGAGGGUCUGAAUGGGCAUAGUGUAGAGUUGGAAUAUGCCCAAAGAUGAGCUGACUCGGGGACCCAACGAGGCCUUGCCUAGGACUCAAACGGGGAAAGUAGACUCAUAGG